AUGCUGUUGUCCAAUCUUGCAGAGGAUGUCGUAGAGGAGAUACUUUCUAGGGUUCCAGCAAAAUCUCUAAAACGAUUUCAAUCUACUUGCAAACAAUGGAACCCAUUAUUCAAUGAUGAUAGCUUCACGAAGAAGCACUUUGAGAAAGCAGCAAAAGAAGCUUUGGUUCUCAUGGUAAGGAAUUUUAGAGUUUAUUCUGUGAGUUUUGAUCUCAGUGGAAUUCACAACAACAUUGAUCAUGCGACUAUAAAGCCUAAGGGUGAGUUUAGCCUACUUGGCGAUUAUAACCGUGACAUCUUUCACUGCAACGGCUUAUUGCUAUGCACCAAGAACAAGGAGAGCAGUAAUGACGUCGGCGAUAGAGUCGUGGCUUAUAACCCGUGUACGAGGCAGACCAAGUGGAUAGAACUCAGUAGUGUUCACAAAGAAAUCGAUAAGAUUGCUUUCGGAUACAAAAACAACGAAUCAGGUUGUCACAGCUACAAAAUCUUGAUGUUUACAUGUUACAAACCUGUUUUUGAUAAGUUUAAUAUCUAUGAGUUUAGCUCUAAUUCGUGGAGAGUUCUUUAUGGCAUCACCCGUGACUGGAACGCUGCGUCUGAUGACGGUGGCUUGUCGUUCAAGGGAAACACUUAUUGGAUUGCUUCGGAUAGAGAGAAUAUCCUCGAUGAGUUGUUUGUGUUAAGAUUCGAUUUCACAGAAGAGAGAUUUCAACGUUUGCGUCUGCCGUUUACGUCUACUCGUAGCAGCGAUAUGGUUGUACUAUCUACUGUGAGAGAGGAGCAACUUGCGGUGCUGUUUAAGGACACUGUUGGAUCAACGAUGGGAAUAUGGUUAACCAAUAAGAUUGAUGAUGAUGAGCCCAACAACGUGUCGUGGUGCAUGUUCUUUAAAGUUGAUUUGCAUGAGAAAUAUAGGGUUUCGCAUUCGAUGAGUUUCGUGGUGGACGAGGAGAAUAAAUUGGCAGUGUGUUGUGAUAGGUACCUUGAAGGAUGUGAUUUUAACUCUAGAAUUUACAUUUCUCGAGAGGAUGAAUUCAGACAAGUGGAUCUUCUUGGAGACUUUGUAAUCCAACCAAAACAUUAUUGGACUUUUUUGUUCACUUAUGUUCCAAGUUUGGUCCAAAUCUAA